UUUGUUGCAGUCUCACGGUUUCCAUGGUAAAAGCUUGUGUUAUCAUAGCUGUUUCAUAUUGAUAAUAUGACAGUUAUCUUGAUAAUAACGUAAAAAUUGCGACUUGACGGUUACGCUAAUGUUAACUGAUCCUUUAGAUAAAUGCCUUUAGGUGGUGAGAGUCAUUUAUUGACAGUCUCGCUUUAUCAGUGCUGUUUACUGUAAAGCUCACGCACUUCCAGCGGCUCGUUCUCUCAUGCGCGUUCUCGCGAACAGAAUUCCUGGCUCAGGUUGCCGUUGAGCGCGCGCUCGAGAAGCCGCGGGAACGGCGCUGCCUGCUGGAAGGAUUAGAAUAGAGUUGUGAACUCUUGUGCCGCUGCUGUUGUCUGUCUUGUGAAGCCGAAUCCACGUGACACUUGUAUGAAUAAGUGUGAAUCCAAUUUCCAAUGUCCCCUCCUGGAAGUACGAGUUAACUGCGUUGAUACAAAGCGGAUUUAGUUUAUGACAGAUGAAUUUGGGAGACGCUACGAUCAGACCUCCUGUAGGGAGGAGAAUGAAGGCCAAGGCCCCCCCUCCACCUCAACCCCCUCAGCCUGCCCCCCGCAGGAUCUUCCGUAAUGCUGUUCCUGAUGGUGGAGGAUCUUCAGGGGGAGACAGCAAGGAAAACAUGCUUCGACCCUCUGUGGAUCUCCAUAUCAGUCUGCCUUCAGGGUACCAGACCACCAUCAAUGUGGAUGGCAGAAAAGCUCUGAUGGAUUUGUUGGUGGAUCUCUGCAGUCAGUAUCAUCUGAAUCCAGCAUAUCAUACUCUGGAGCUGUUGUCACCUGAUGCUCAGCCCGUCAUCUUUAAGCCAAAUGCCCUGCUGGGUGCCCUGGACGUCUCCUGUGCCCUGAUCAAAGAACGAGUGCUGGAGGACAAGGUGAUCCGGAAACCUCCACCCAAAGUGCCAGAGAAAACGGUACGUUUGGUGGUGAACUAUCACCGCAGUCAGAAGGCCGUUGUUCGAGUAAAUCCAUCAGUCCCACUGCAUACCCUGGUGCCUGUGAUCUGUCAGAAGUGCGAGUUUGACCCGGCUCAUGUCUUGCUGUUCAAAGACAAUAUCAGCCACCAACAGCUGGACUUGGAUAAGUGCCUGAGCGAGCUGGGUAUCAGGGAACUCUAUGUCCUGGAUCAAACACUAGUUCUCCAGCCUAAAAUGGCUUCAACACCUGCCCUGAACUACUCAGCUGAAUCUCUUCACUCCAACAGUCUGAGUGGAUCAGAGAAAAAGGGUCUGCUGGGUUUCCUCAAGUUUAAUCGCAGGAAAUCAAAGACUGAAGAUCAGUCCUCUGAGGACAUGGAGAGUCUUGAUGAUGAUAGUGUUGUUGACAAUGCAGACACUAACAUUAAUGGUAUGUCUGUGGCAAGCGGUCCAUGUGUGGAAACCCGUCCUAGCACUCUGGGACAGUCUCAGUCUGUGAUGAACAUCUCCAAGAUGUCCCCAAAAGUGGAAUUAAAGAAACGCAGAGCUCCAGCACCGCCAACAGCUCCCACACAGACUUUACCACUGACAUCACAGGUAUGAGCACACACACACACACACAC